GUGGCAAUGCGCAGGCUCUGUCAGGAGACCAAGGCUACUGCUGCUGCUGCUGCUUGCUGAUCAGGAGACGAGCGCCUGUGCUUCUGCUAGCUUACGCUGAACAAACAGUGGAGUGAGAAAGAGAGAGAGACAGCACAGCCAUUGUGAGAGCUGCUUUCUCUCGGUGUGAGAGACAGAGAAAUGAAAGUGUGCACCAUUGCUCAUCAUGCAGGGGAUUUGCUGAUGCUAGUGCGGUUCUGACCUGCUUGGACUAGGAGGGGCUUUCUCCAGUCUCCAGCCUGCUACACAACAACUAGAGCUUCGACUGCAGGGCUGUGAUCGAACAGAUCUUUAAGUGGCCGUGUGACCGUGGGCAGAAGUAUGGAGGCACCGCUUGUCUGUCUCGAUGAGGAGUUUGAGGAUCUCCGGCCAUGCAAGAUAGAGGAGCUGGAACCGGAACUGGAACCGGAACUGGAACCGGCACCACACCGACCUUACGGGACCAUUCCUCUCGCUCCGCUGUGCCGGGAGGACUUCUCCGAACUGGAGAACUUCUCAGAGAUGAUGAGUUUCAAGUCCAUGGAGGACCUGGUGAACGAGUUCGACGAGAAGCUGAAUGUGUGCUUCCACAACUACAACACCAAGACAGAGGGCCUGGCUCCGGUACGCAAUCAGUCGCACGCAGAGGAGGAUGAGGAGCGACUGCAGGAUGAAGAUGUGUGGGACGCUCUGACUGAUAACUAUUUGCCGUCCUCUGUGUCCAGCUGGGAUGGCCCGAAUUCAGAGACACUGAAUGGCAACCUUUCAGAUGAUGAAAUACACGAAAAAGAGGAGGAGGAGAUGAAUGAAAAGAACGAAAAUGCCAACUGUCUGACUGAAGAACCUCUCAUCACAGCUGACCAGGUGAUAGAGGAGAUUGUUGAGAUGAUGGAGAACUCUCCUGACCCAGGCGAGACGGAAGAAGAGGAGGAGGAAGAAAGCGGAAUCUCCUCCCCUAAGACUAACCCCUCUCUCCUGGAGGAGAUCCGCAUGCUGUCUCAGGCCACCAACAACAACAACUGCUCCUACGAAGGAUUAAGGCUGAUGCCGAGCUCGGAUCUGCUGGAGCUGCUGGGUCGUGUGGAGAUGGCAGUGAGGGAGUACUCGGAGGAACUGGUGGCUCAGUUGGCACGGAGAGACGAGCUCGAGUUUGAGAAGGAGGUGAAGAAUACUUUCAUCACGGCCCUCAUGGAGGUGCAGAACCGGCAGAAGGAGCAGAGGGAGCUCAGCAAGCGCCGGCGCAGGGACAAGGCCAUGAGCCUGCAGGGGUCCGGCCGAUCCGAGAAGACCGGCAGCAUGCCAAUGAAGCGUUUCAGUAUGGAGGGUCUGUCUAACAUCCUGCAGACGGGGAUCAGACAGACAUUUGGAAACUCAGGGAUGGACAGACAGUAUCUAAACACAGUGAUCCCAUAUGAGAAGAAAGGAGCUGCUCCAUCUGUUGAGGAACUUCAAAUGCUGACAAAAAUCCUUUAUGCCAUGAAGGAGGACAGUGAGAAAGUCCCCACCCUGCUCACUGACUACAUACUGAAAGUUCUGUGUCCCACGUAAGCAGCUGUGUGUGCUGUCCUGUCUGUGGGGCUGUGAGGAAGGCUGGGGUCUGCCUCACACUCUCUCUCUCUGUGCUUCAGUCCCAGCUGCAUGAGCUCCUUAACCCUUUCAUCAACAAGGGACCCUUAAAAUCUAACCAUCCUCCCUUUCGCUUAGCUUAAUCCAGCUCAUCUCACUGUCCUUCCUGCGUGUGCACAUAUCCACAAGGCCAGUACAGCAGAGCCCGGUGCUUUCCUAUUUUUUUUGUAUACUUUACAAUGGGCCAAAAGCCAUAUGGAGCAUGUUAGGAGGAAACAGACAAAUAAGAAUCCGUUUCCAUCAUUGAUCAGGUAUUCUCUAUUCCUCUCUCUUUUUUUUAAGAUAAGCCCACAAGAGGGCGCUAUGUUUCUUCUUGUCUGUUCAGAGGUGUUCGCAGGUGCAUCGAGGGAGGUUUGAGCACAUUAGUGACUAAUCUGUCCAUCAGUCACCUUCUGCUUUUUGCUGUUUCUGUACCGUGGCUUCAUCUUAGUAGAUAGCAUGUUUUAAUGUUCGUAUUAAUGCUAAUUUCUAGAAAAACACCCACUGAUAACCAGAGGCCACUUAUUUUCUUCUGUUAUUUUUUUGACCAUGAAGAAUUUGUUUGAGAAUAUCAUGUUUUUUUUUUUUUUUAAAUCACUAAUCAUGUCAAUCAUUAUCACCAGAGAGUCCACUUUCCACCUUGAGUUAGUGUCAUUUAGUGUCAUCUAUGCCAUGAUAUGAGCAUAUCCUUAAUGUAUAUAUUUCUUGUUUAUUACGGGGCAUGGAGGAAAGUAAAGUUUGGCUGAGUAAAAGUCCAAAUAAAUGUCAAACCCUGUGAAAAAAAA